CAACGUUGUUGAAAAUACAUUUUCUUUGGAACAAUGCAAACCAGAUCAGGGAAGCGAAUUUUGGAGCAGCAGUCGGAGAGUCAGCAAGUCCCCGUUUGCAUAAAUGAUCAUGUUGAUAACCUUUCGUGCCCCGGCUCUCAUGUCAGUAGUUCGAAACCAUCAUUAUCGCGAGUAACUAGUGCUAAGUCGUCGCUACUCAGGGCGCAGCUAAAGGAGAAACAGCUUCGAGAGGAGUUAGAGUUAGAGAGAAAGUUGCUAAAGGCUAGACAUGAUGUCGAAAUGGCUGAGCUGCUUGUGAAGUUAGCCGUGGACGACAAACGGAAAAUUGAAAAUACGAAAAGAGACACUGUCAACUACGCUCGAAUCAGCGAAGAGAGUAUCAAAGACGACAUCAGAAGGCCAUAUGAAGCUGAGUUUAGGGAUACUGAAGAAAACGAACACUCAUUUUCUAUCGAAGAUCCUAAGGCAAUCGAGUUGGUUACUCAAAGCACCGUCUUAGAAAAGGGGCAUUACAUCAUUUCCUUGCCAUGGAAAGAUCCAGCAAAGGUAACGGACAAUAAUUAUGUGGUUGCCAUAAAUCCGCUACUCAGUCUGAAAUGGAGGUUAUCGCGUGACAAGAACCUUUCAGCACGAUAUGUGGAUGGUAUAAAUACGAUGUUAAAAAAUGGUUAUGCCCUUCCGGUACCCAUAGAGCAGCUAGCAGCCAACUAUCGCCCGAGGUGGUAUCUUCCACAUCAUCCCGUAAAGAAACCGAAAAAGCCAGAUAAACUGAGAAUAGUUGUAGAUUGCGCCGCAACCUUUAGAGGCUAUUCUUUGAACGAUAAGCUAUAUGAAGGACCUGAUACGAUUACCGAGCUUGUUGGUGUUCUGUUGAGCUUUCGAGAAAAGCCUAUUGCUGUAGUCGCGGACAUAGCUGAUAUGUUUAUGCAAGUGAAAGUGCCACUAAACGAUCGACGAGCAUUACUAUUUCUGUGGUGGAAAAAUGGUUUUCUAGACGAAGAGCCGCAGGAGUUUCAGAUAACAGCGCAUCCGUUCGGGGCUACUUCAUCACCCUUCUGUGUGAAAUUCGCGUUGAGAAAGGCAGUAGAGGGCUUUGGUUGCUUAUAUCCGGAAACAGUAAGAGAGCUGGGCACGAGGGUUAUACGGUGUAACAUGAUUCAUAAAAUCCUUGUCGGAUUUUGGGGGCCGGUGUAAGAUGAAUUCCAUUCCCAUUCUUAAAUCAAGUCAACCUGUCCCGGAUCAGCCUAGCAUUGUUGCAACACAAUUAUCCAUGCCCAACGUGUCUAUCCCACCUUGUUUAAUUAACUGUGUAUGUGUGUUUUUACUUCUAUCCUUUUAGUCAGACAGUUGAACUCAUGACCCAAUCAGAGUAUUUUGUGAACUGUUAUUUUGCUGACCCAUGUCUUAUUUGUACUAUUAUGUUGAGUUUAUCUUAUUUAUUGAUUGGUUAAGUAGCCAAUUAAAUUCUAUCUUUGUGCCUAUGCUUUGUUUAUCUCUUACUUGGGUUCAUUCUUCUACUGACUGCUUACCUGAACGGUCGUGUCUGAUCCGGCUAGUUCGUAAUUUUGGCUUUAACGUUAUUCCGCUCUGAUAGCGGUUCUUUGCUUUCUGUUAAGCAUUGUGUAUUGUACUCUUGAAACCGUUAAGGUUUGUUGUAUUUAUAUUAAUUGAUUUGUUUAUUAAUAGUACCGUAGAAACAGUGACCGGCUUCUUGUUUGUUCUGGACCGGGAUAGCCUAUAUCUACGCGUGACUUAAUUUCAAGCGAUAUUGCGCUUACA